CAAUAUCUUAUGAGACUUCUUGGUCGGAUAUGGUUGAACAAGUGUAACCAGAGGAAGGUUCAUGGUUUAAAGAAUUAAAGUUGAGUGAAUGUGAAAUUUUGCUGCCAAUCUUAGCAGACAAAGUAGAACUCAACUACUCUACUUGCUACUUAGAACAGGAAAGCGUGGUGCGGGAGAGAGAGAUGGGCACGGAGAGUAUGGAAGUGCUGAAACUAGCGGUGAUAGACUUAUCUUCUACUGAUCGCUUAGCCACUGCCAAAUCUAUUCACCAGGCAUGUAUUAACUAUGGUUUCUUUUACCUCAUAAAUCACGGGGUAGAGAAUGAGCUGAUACAAAAAGUGCUUGAAGAAAGCAGGAAUUUUUUUUCUCUUCCCCUUGAAGAGAAGCUGAAAUUGCCUUGGAAGGAGCGCAGAGGUUACACACCACUCUACGCUGAGAAACUUGACACUUCUUUACGUUCCCAAGGUGAUUUAAAAGAGACAUUCUAUAUCGGCACUCUAGAUGAAGACAAACACCAUUUGAAUCAGUGGCCCUCACGUGAGAUAUUACCAUCUUGGAGAUUCACAAUGGAACUAUACUAUGAAAAAGUCCUGGCUGUUGGAAGAAGGUUGCUCUCUCUGAUUGCUUUGGCAUUAGAUCUGGAAGAGGAUUUUUUUCUAAAAGAUGGGCCCCUGGACCCUCUUCUUCGUCUACUACACUAUCCAGCUGAACAGGAGUUUUUGGAUGAAAAGGUUUUAGGUGCAUCAGCUCAUUCUGAUUAUGGUAUGAUCACUCUUCUAGCGAGUGAUAGUGCACCUGGACUUCAGGUAUGCAGAGAAAAAUCUAAGGAACCCCAGGUCUGGGAGGAUGUACAUCACAUGAGCGGGGCCUUUGUAGUUAACAUUGGAGACCUGAUGGAGAGGUGGACUAAUUGCCUGUAUCGAUCAACACUGCAUAGAGUGAUUCGAACAGGACAAGAACGAUACUCUAUGGCUCUAUUUCUUGAUCCAUGCCCGGACAGUAUUGUAGAGUGCCUGAGAAGUUGCUACAGCGAGGCAUCUCCUCCGAGGUUUCCACCAAUUCGGAGCGGGGACUACCUAAACGAGAGGUUUAGGCUCACAUAUAUUUAGUAAGAUCAGCUGUUUUCAUUGUUUGAAAGAACAGAACUGCUGUCUGAACUUGAUCCAAACAGUCUUUGACCUUGUCGGUUGUAUACUUGUGAGUUUCUAAGACAUAUAAAGACUUGAGUUGCAGAAAAAUUGUGUAAUUCAUACUAAUGACAGAUUCCUUACGUUACUUUUGACAAAAGCUUCUAUAAAGCAUAGUUUCAUAAUA